CUCUUUUUACAGGCCGAAGGCAUAAGAGGUUUAGGAAGCUUUUUGCUUCUGCUCAGUCCCUCUAUCUCUGCCGGCACAGAGUCACUGCAGCCACCAAGACCAUUGCUUCAACCGCAUACAGGCAGGAUUACAGCCAUUUUGGGUCUUCUGGAAGCGGAGCAGCAGUGGCAUCGUAGGUAGUGCACCAGGGCAGCAGUUAUGGGAAACCACGGCUCCAACCUGGAUGACAUCUUAGCGGAAGACAUGCACCACUGGUACAACAAGUUCAUGAGGGAGUCUCCAUCGGGUCUGAUCACACUGUUUGAGCUCAAGGCCAUCCUGGGUCUGCAGGGAAUGUCUGAGGACGCCAACAGCUAUGUUGACCAAGUCUUCUUCACUUUCGACAUGGACGGGGAUGGUUAUAUCGACUUUGUGGAGUACAUCGCAGCCAUUAGCUUAAUGCUGAAGGGAGAAAUAAAUCAGAAACUGAAGUGGUACUUCAAGCUCUUCGACCAAGACGGAAAUGGGAAAAUCGACAAAGAAGAAUUGGAAACAAUAUUCACCGCCAUACAGGACAUUACCCGAGUACACGACACUCCUCCAGACGAGAUCGUAUCCCUCAUUUUCCAGAAGAUCGAUGUCAAUGGAGAAGGUGAGUUAACACUAGAGGAGUUCAUUACCGGAGCAAAGAACCACCCGGAUAUCAUGGAGAUGCUCAAGAAAAUGAUGGAUCUGACCCCAGUGCUGGUAAUCAUUGUCAAUGGCAGGCGGAAAAGUGUGUGAGAAGUUGGGGGAGGUCUGCACACUUGAAAAUGCAGGAAUCUAACUGUGUUAAUGAACUUUUUGUUUAAAAAAACCCUUCCAAAGAAAUGAAUACAUCAAGUUCGAUGAGGAAAAAUCAGCUGUGGCCCUGGCACACACCCUUCUCCACCUAAUGGAACAAUCUGUGGUGAACAGAAACAAAGGUUUCUGAGGCUGUCAACAACACCAAGAAAGAGAAACACUAACUUGGGGGCAGAAGAGGAGACCUGUUUAAAAACCCCACCCGAAUGAUGCAGGCAUCGACAGACUGUUAGUCAUCCUGUACCUAACAGCUCUCUAGAAGCUUUACCCGAACCAAUCAAUUUGGAAAGGGAAUCGCAAGAAAAUAUGCGCACAUAUGCUCACUCGACACUGUGCCGUGCGUAGUCGGGUAUAGCUGCUAGUUGUGACUUAGCUGGAGCCGUUCUCAGCUGCUUGCUGAUCCUUUAAUGCUAUAAGGGUUUCAGAAUACUGGGAAAUUAGUGACGGAGCUUACUGGGGAGGUAGUGCAACCUGGAUGCUUUUUAAGGAAAGGAUCAACCAGGAAUACUAACCAAGCUUGUCUUGCCUCACUAAGGACUGUUGGAGGUAGACAAGGUGAUGCAUGUAUAAAUGUGUAUCUAGGUGGUUAAAUGUUCUGGAUGAGGUCAAUGAAAACUCUGGGAAUUGGCAUCAUCUCCCUCUGAUGCCGCAGUUACCCCUGAAGACUGGGAUCAGACAGGAAGGCAGUAAAAUCUCAUACAAGGGAACCUGUCGCAGUUUGGCUUGUGUUCUGUUUCCACAGUAUAUCAUUUGGAGGCACAUCAAGCCUUGGUUAAUAUCAUUUGAAAUACCUUAAUUCUUAUACAGCAAUGAAAUUUUUGCAGAUUACUGGCACUUUUAAAAAAAACCAUUUUUGUCUGUUCAAAAAAAAAUUCAUAUGAUAUAUGUACGUUUGUGGUUAGUGGUAUGGUUUGUCGAGAAUUUUCAGGGAUUUCAGAUCCAUGGAGUUAAAGUAUUUCAAUAGCAUAUUUGACCGAGGUCUGGAGAAGCUUGCGUGCAUGACUCAAACCAACAGUUAUUACCUUGCGUGAAAAAGGUACACUUGUAAUUCUCUAACCUCCUAUUUACGGUGCUAAUCUGUCCUUGAUCCCAACAGGAGUCUCACACAAUGGCACAUAGCUAUUCCUGUGGAUUGACUUAUAAAUAGCCUCACUGACUUACCAAACAAAAAUGGGGCGUGCAAGCAUUUUGUCCCAAUAACAGGAACAUUACAAUCAUUUGAUAAAAGUGUACCAAACCACUUUUAAAUAUAAUUGCACUGUGCUGUCAAAGCAAAACAGGUUUGCUCAUAAUCACCUUUGCAAAAGGUCUGUAUUCAGUCGGUACGCAGUUAGAAUGACUUGUACUCUUGCAGUUUCUGUGUCAACCACACAUUGUCCCCCCAAAAAAAUAUCCUACAUGUUAUUACUAGUGUUCCUUCUUGUGCACAGAAUAAGCAAUAGUUACAAGUGGUGUUGCAUUUAAUUUCAUGACAGUUGUUACAUUUUAGGCUGAUUGAGUUAGAGACCAAGUGUUGUCUUUGAGGGCAGAGUUAAAAAUACAGCAUAGUCUGGAAUUGUUCAGGUUCAUACCCAUGUUAAUUUUGAUCAUCUGUCACUGAUCUGUGAACGAAUGGGCGAACAGCUUUUUGUGGGGGGGAAUUCAUCCUACUGCUGUUGAUUUCAAGCUUUAUGUGAAUUUGUAAAUAUGAUUUUUUUUUUAUAUUCUGAGAAUGACUGUCUCUCUUUUAAAGGCAAGAGAUACCUGUAUACCGGUAUACAUCUUUUUAAAAUUCAGAUGACCCUUGUUUUUAAAUCUAAAAAGGGCAUGACGGCAUUGUAGGGAUAAGAAAGGGCCUUGAGAAUUCAGUUAUUUUUCACUCACAUUUCACACAAUUGUGACAACUAGAAUGCUUCCGUGUAUGUCCUGCAGUUUCUGUUUUGUUGUUUUAAUGCAGACAACUAUGGGUACAAAACAAAAAGGAAAGUUUCCAUUUAGUCUAAAUGUCACACUGGAGGGUUCUCUCAUCAAGCAUCGGAAAGACAUUAUGUAAUGUAAAUAACAUUAUUUGCUUGUUUUGAUCAAUAUGCAUUUUGUUCAUAAGUGUUGCCUUAUUAAUAAAGCUUAUUAUCAUUUA